AAAAUACCUGAAUAUAAGCAGCUUCAUUCCUCGCUGCUCCUGGCUGCAUACUGGGGGCGGGAGGGGGGCGGAUCUGCAUUGCUGGCAGCCUUAUCCUUUCCUGGCCUUGGGGGAGAAGAUGUGGGACUAUGCACGGGGCAGGAGCUGCUUUGCCACGCUCCUGGCACUGUUUCCCCAAUGCUCCUGGCUACAUAUCAUAAGGUCGCAAAUAUAAGCCACACAUUAACUUUUCACAGUCUGAAUUUGGGAAAAAGGUGGAGCUUAUAUUCAGGCCAAUACGGUAAUUUCUUAUAAUACUUAGCUGAUAGUCCAUCCGGUCCUGGCGAUUUACCAGCUUUAGCCUGGCCUAUUCCCUGUUGCAUCUCCAUCAUUGUUACUGGUGCAUUCAAAGAACUGAUCUUCUUCUUUGGAAUUUUUGGUUCUGCUUUAAAUAACCUAUUUUUUCUCUGUGUUCCUCACCGGCUCAAUAUAGCUCUGUGUAAUGACAAACUGUUUCCUUAUAUCUUUUGGAUUAUCUACUAUUUUCCCUUCUACUUUCAGUUUAUUUAUAAAAUUUUCACUCUCUUUUUUCUUUAACUGCCAUGCCAACAAUUUCCCUGAGUUAUGGUCCGAAAGUGUCCUAAGUUGUAUCUCUGUUUUUUUCUUAAAUCCAUGUGGCUGUACGGAGCAGGUCAGAACUCCACACACACCAAAUUCACAUUUAGAGUGAGCAGAACAAAUGGCUUUGUUGCCCAUUUCCUCCCAAGGUAAGAGGAAGUGACAUAGGCCAAGCCUGUCAGGACACCUUAUUCUACAGCAUUAAACCCUUUAUGUAUGUAUUACAAGACAUUUGCAUUACUUCAAAGUUACUGUUUUCCUUUCCAUGCAGCUCCACCCCUUUCUUAGGAGUGUCUCCUUUAACAACUCUGCUGGGGAAACGGUAUCUUUUAGUGCGAACAGGGAAGUAGAAGCUGGCUUUGAUAUUACCAACCUGGUCACUUUCCCAAAUAACUCCUUCAUGAGAGUCAAGGUUGGAAGACUGGGUGGGGAGGCUGUCCCAGGCCAGGAAUUCACCCUUGAUGACAACGGAAUGGUGUGGCACAGAAGCUUUCACCAGGGUCCACCCCUUUCGGUAUGUAACCCAAAUUGCCCUCCUGGUUCCAGGAAGGAGAAGAAGGAGGGGGAGCCAUUCUGCUGCUAUGGUUGUGCUCCAUGUCCUCAAGGCAAGAUUUCAUCUGAAAAGGACAUGGUUGACUGUGUUGCAUGCCCCGAAGAUCACUAUCCACACAGAAACCAAUCACAAUGCGUUCCAAAGACCAUCAGCUUCCUGUCGGUUAAAGAGCCUCUGGGGAUGAGCUUAGCAUUGAUUGCUCUUUCUCUCUCUCUCCUCACACUGGUGGUCCUAGUCAUCUUCAUUAAACAUCAGAACACACCACUUGUCAGAGCAAACAAUCGGGACCUCACCUACACUCUCCUCACUUUCCUCCUGCUCUGCUUCCUCUGCCCAUUGAUCUUCCUCAGCCCUCCAGAAAGAGUGAGCUGCCUGCUCCGACAAAUGGCUUUCGGCCUUGUUUUCACAGUAACUGUUUCUUGUGUUCUGGCCAAAACGAUCACAGUGGUUCUGGCCUUUGUGGCCACCAAACCAGGAUCCAGAAUGAGGAAGUGGGUGGGGAAAAGACUGGCAAGCUCUAUUGUGUUUUCUUGUUCCCUUAUCCAAGUGGGCAUUUGCACCGUGUGGUUAGGAACCUCUCCCCCAUUCCCUGAUUCUGACAUGCACUCUGUGAUGAGGGAAAUCAUUCUAGGCUGCAACGAAGGGUCAGUUGCCCUGUUUUACUGUGUCCUGGGCUACAUGGGCUUUUUGGCCAUUAUCAGCUUUGUUGUAGCAUUUUUAGCCCGAAAACUGCCUGAGAGCUUCAAUGAGGCCAAAUUCAUCACCUUCAGCAUGUUCUUGUUUUGUAGUGUUUGGAUCUCCUUUGUUCCAGUGUACCUGAGCACCAAGGGGAAAUACAUGGUGGCUGUGGAGAUCUUCUCCAUCUUGGCCUCCAGUGCUGGCUUACUGGGCUCCAUCUUUGCUCCCAAAUGCUACAUCAUUGUGUUGAGGCCUGAUCUGAACAGCAAGGAGUGCUUAAUAAAGAGGAAAUAAUAAAUUAUCCUUUCAUUCUUUGGUUUUUUCCACCAAACUAUGAGCAAUGUAAUCUCUCUUUAUUCGCACCAUUAAAUUCUGUUAUAUUUUACAUGUUGCAAUUGUUAUGUGCAAUUUCUCUUAAAACCAAAAUAUGGUCUCUCUGAAACAGGAGCCCCUUAUCUUGUUUUAACCCUAAGCAUUAUUUUGGAAACCAUCAGUACCAUAAAAUAUUGAGACCUGACUAGAAAUUCAGAGGGUAAUUGAUUAGAAACUGAACAAGAAAAAACAAUACACUGAGCGGCAUUUUUUAAAAAAAUUCUCAUUCCUUUCUAGGUUUUUUCCGUCUCAGUAAGGUUUCAGUAGAGUUGCUACUGUCAUGAUUAUCCAGUCUCAGAGAUUUCAGUACACCGAGUCCCACUUACUUGGGGGUUAUGUUCAAGUGGCUCACAUACAUAAAUGAAGAUUGGAGAAGUGGGGAGCACGAUCUAAAACCCUUUGAAUGUCUUCUCUGCUGCUCUCCCUCCAUUCCGGAUAAAAAAUACUGCACCUAAAAUACCCACAUCUGGAAUUCUGGGGGCUGACUGGAGGAUGUGUGGGG